GCGAGUCAGUCGACGAUCUGCCGGCCGAGAGCGCGGAUGCGUCGGACGAGAUUGUAAUCGUCGUACGGUGCCCCGCAGAGAUAAUUAUUCGCUCGGCACGCUCGCCCUUUCAACCCUCUCUCCCGAGAGCGCCGCAAAAUAAUAAUAAUAAUAAUAAUAAUAAUAAUAAUAGUAAUAAUAGUAAUAACAAUAGUAUAUAAUAAUCGCUCCCGGCUCGUCGUUAUUCUCCAACGUCGUCGUUCUCGUCGUCGUCGAACAUCAUCGUUACUGUCGUCGUCGUCGUCUUCGUCGUCUUCGUCGUCGUCGUCGUCCUUGCCGUGAUAAACGUUCUCCUUGUCUCCAUAGUCAUCGUCGUUGCUGCUGCGGACGGAGAGAGGGGAUAGAGAGUGAUAGAGGGGGAAGGAGAGAGAGAGGGAGGAAGGAAGGAAGGAAGGAAGAAGCGGAGAAGCAAAGGCGCCACCCCUGAGUGGUAAAGUCUCUCCGCCCAACCAACCCUGUCGUGAAGGAAAGAGAGAGAGAAAGCUUGCCAACCGUAGGGGCAAACUAACGAAUUAGAAGGGAACGAACGAACGAAUAAACGAACGAAUAAACGAACGAACGAACGAACGAAUAAACGAAAGAACGAACGAAUAAACGAAAGAACGAACGAAUAAACGAACCAAUAAACGAACGAACGAACGAACGAACGAACGAACGAACGAACGAAGGAAAGAAGGAAGGAAGAAAGGAGCGAACGGGCGUGCGAGCGAGCGCUAUUCUGCCAGCGCCACGGCGGUUCCCCUCUAUCGAUCGAAUUUGACCUGCGAAGUUUCCCCUAGCGUCGACGGCCUCACCGCCGUCGUUCGCCACCACCGCCGCCGCCGCCGUCGUCGUCGUCGUCGUCGUCGCGUCGCCGCCGUCGCCGUCGCCGCCGCCGCCGCCGUCAUCGUCGCCGUUCGCCGUCGCCGUCGCCUUCGUCGUUUCUCGUCGCUGUCGUUGCCGUUGUCGUCGUUGACGUCGUUGCCGUCGCCGUUGCCGUCGCCGUUGCCGUUGUAGCCGCCACCGCCGCCACCACCGCCGCCGCCGCCGUCGCCGCCGCCGCCGCCGCCGCCGCCGCCGCCACCGCCGCCGUCGUCGUCGCCGCCGCCGUCGUCGUCGUCGUCGUCGUCGUGUGUGCGGUUAGUGUGACACAGCCGAGCAGUGCUGGCUAUCGUACACUUGGAUCCACCGGCGAGACUGUGCCCGACUGACUAACAGACACACACACAUACACACCUAUACAGGAUUAACGCGCUCGGCAUGGCUGCCCCAGCCGCCUGCACGCGGUUUAGUGACAACUAUGAUCUCAAGGAGGAACUCGGCAAAGGCGCCUUCUCCGUGGUACGCCGAUGCGUUCAAAAGAGUUCCGGUCUCGAGUUUGCUGCAAAAAUUAUAAAUACCAAGAAACUCUCGGCGAGAGAUUUCCAGAAGCUCGAGCGCGAGGCACGGAUAUGUAGGAAAUUGCAGCAUCCAAAUAUCGUGAGACUACACGAUAGCAUACAAGAGGAAAACUAUCACUAUCUUGUCUUUGACUUAGUCACCGGCGGAGAGCUUUUCGAGGACAUCGUUGCGAGAGAAUUUUACAGCGAGGCGGAUGCCUCCCAUUGUAUUCAACAAAUCUUGGAAAGCGUCCACCACUGCCACCAUAACGGAGUUGUGCACAGGGACUUGAAACCAGAAAAUUUACUUCUUGCAAGUAAAGCAAAAGGUGCGGCUGUGAAAUUAGCAGAUUUUGGAUUGGCGAUCGAGGUGUCCGGUGAAUCGCAAGCAUGGUAUGGUUUCGCUGGAACGCCCGGCUACCUCAGUCCGGAAGUCUUGAAGAAAGAACCUUACGGGAAACCCGUCGACAUUUGGGCAUGUGGCGUCAUUCUUUACAUUCUUCUUGUUGGUUACCCGCCAUUUUGGGACGACGAUCAACACCGACUGUACGCUCAAAUAAAGGCAGGCUCCUACGAUUAUCCAAGCCCAGAAUGGGAUACCGUCACGCCAGAAGCAAAGAAUCUUAUCAAUCAAAUGUUAACGGUGAAUCCAAGCAAAAGGAUCACCGCGAACGAGGCAUUGAAGCAUCCAUGGAUCUGCCAACGUGAGCGUGUUGCAUCGGUGGUGCAUAGGCAAGAGACUGUGGAUUGCUUGAAGAAAUUCAAUGCAAGACGCAAAUUAAAGGGCGCUAUUUUGACGACGAUGUUGGCGACGCGGAACUUUUCCAGUAAGUAUGAUGCACAGGGUCGAAGCAUCAUCACGAAGAAAGGCGAUGGCUCUCAGGUGAAGGAAUCCACCGACAGCAGCACAACGAUCGAGGAUGACGAUGUCAAAGAGGAUAAGAAGGGCGGCGUCGACCGGAGCAGCACGGUCAUUGCCAAAGAACCCGAAGGAUCGAGUUCCGGCGGUGGUGUAACGCCGAGCAAUCCAGGAGGCGCACUUUUCUCCUUGGUAGAUAGCACUACGUGCGGUCUCCUCAACAAGCAACCUACUACCAGUCAGGGCCAAGCGCAGGCACAAAUUCUAAAUCAGAGCCAAGUUGGUUCGAGUCAAGUGACUGGUCAAGCGACGAGUCAGCCGACGGGUCAGGCUCAAGUACAGGCCACGGCCAGUCCUCUCGGAUUAGCCGCUGUACUCCUUCAGGGAGCGCAAGCUGGCAGCACAGGAAGCGUGGGCAGCGGUUCGAGCAGUUCGAGCGGCAACAGCCAGAACAGUCAAACCGGGGCGUCGCCCUCCUCAACGGCCACGGUUUACCUCAGCAACGCCAACAACGCGCCGACGGGGGUGCCGUCGCGACGCCAUGACUCCUCGGCCACCGACAUAAGAAUCGUGUGUCCUAUCAAGACCUGCAGCCAGCUUUCGACGAACUCCCAGUGCUCAGCACGUCGUCAAGAGAUCAUCAAAAUGACGGAGCAAUUGAUCGAGAGUAUCAGUACCGGUGACUUCGAGGGUUACACGAAAAUCUGUGAUCCACACUUGACCGCAUUUGAGCCAGAGGCUCUAGGUAAUUUAGUCGAGGGAAUGGAUUUCCACAAAUUUUACUUUGAUAAUGCGGUCCUCGGGAAGAACUGCAAGGCCGUCAACACGACGAUCCUGAAUCCACACGUGCACUUGCUCGGUGAGGAUGCUGCGUGUAUCGCUUACGUCAGGCUCACACAGUAUAUGGACAAGCAAGGGGUAGCACACACUCACCAAAGCGAAGAGAGCCGCGUCUGGCACAAGAGGGAUAACAAGUGGCAGAACGUGCAUUUUCAUCGGAGCGCGGUGACGGGGCCAACGUCGUUCUCCUUCAGUCACAAAUAAACCGUCUGAAUAUUAUAUUAGCAUCAAGCCGGGAUGCUGUUGUUCGUCGCUCCGCAACAUACCAACAACGCAACGUUGCAUCAUCCGGAUUAGAAAGAAGCACGAGAGAAGAAAAGAGACAUAUAUAUAUAUGUAUAUGCACAAACUAUAUACAUAUAUAUAAAUAUAUUUAAGAAGAUAGAGGGAUAGAAAGAGAGAGAAUGGAAGGGAGGUGGAGAGAGAGAGAGAGAGAGAGAGAAAGGGGAGGGAGGUGGAGAGAGAGAGAGAGAGAGAGAGAGAAUAUCGAGCGAACGCAAAGAGCGUUCAUGAGCGGCCAGAGACACGGACAUAGCGCGAUGAUGGAAUGGUUUCAAAAAGAAAAAAAAAGAGAGGAAAUGCAGAGAGAAAGAAAUCAGCAGGAUAUAAUUCGCGAGAAGUUAAUUAGUACUAAGCGCGACAAAAAAAAAAUGAGUAAAUAAAAACAAACAUAUAAGGAAAUGUCUAAUUUAUUGUAAGGAAUUCCGCGUGCAUUGCGUCACGUGCCUCAGUCUCAAGAAAACGAACGGAAGAAGACAUAUAGUAGUCGCCGAAGGUCUCGUCGGAUAAUAACGGAAGCAUCCGAUAAUCUUAUAUAGGGAAAAUUCCUCAUCGUAUGUUAAAGAAUAACAACAAGAUCCCUACAUAUCUAUUGUCUUCCUUCGCACUUUCCUCCUAACGAAUUUUCUUCACCUCGAAAUGGACGGACAAGGAAGUUGGUUCGAUUUUAUCGUUGAAAAAAUUCCAGAGUCUAGCAAAGAGGUGAUUUCUUUGGAAUGUCAGCUAUAAGUCAGACAUUCCUCGAUGCAAUCAAUGAGAAUCUAAUAAUGUAAUCUGGAAAUAUAAUAUAAGGAAUAAAAAAAAAAAAAAAGAAAAGAAAAGAAAAGAGAGGAAAAAAUGAAUUAAAAAAAAGAAAAAAGAAACGGACAUGACGGAGUCGAUGUUGCGUGCGAAAUAAGUUAUAUUAAAAAAAAAGAAGAAGAAGAAGAAAGAAAGAAAAAGAAAAAAAAACAGAAGGAAAGAAAGGACAGACGAAGCAGAGACCUUUUGCGGCCGCGGAAUUCGCCGCCGUCUACGGCAAACCCUUUUGUUUAGCCAUUGUUAGCCAUUGUACAGAGCAUUUCUUCCAUGUCCAAGCUUUUACUUCUUCUUUUCCUUCGUCUCUUAUAGAACGAACGCGUGCCUCCGUAUUCCGACGCCUUGCAGAUCGAUCUUUCAAAAAAUAUGCUGUCUAUCUUCGCCGAACGCCGAAACGAUCGUUCUUACAAACCAUUUUCGAAAUAUCACGGUGAUACGAGUUCUUCUUCGUGAAGAUCAAAUUACAGUCCGAUUACAUUCGAUAAAUCUGAUACGAAAACGCGAAUCGUCUUCCUUAGAAUCACUCGUUGAAAGCGUUGAAAAUGCGAAGAUAUAAAUUAUUUUUUAAAAGGAAAUUCAUCUGCAUCGCUUACGCAACUCGUAUUCUCUCGAGGGGCACGCGUACAAUCAAAUAUAAAAGUUUCAAUCUUAUCGACGCGAGAAAGCAUUUGGCGAUUGACGUUAAGUGAAACAGAAAAAAAAAGAAAAAAAAACAAGAAGAAGAAGAAACAAAGAAAAAAAAAAACGAGAAAACUUGAUAACUUUGCCAAA